AUGGCGUUAUGGUCAGUGCUUGUCAGCGAUGCUCAACAGGAACCGGUCAUCCUCGGAAGCAGGCCAAGCAUUAGCAAGCAGGUCGUGCGUCAUUCCGGAAGUGCCAGGGCUUUCCAUUCGUCGACACCGUCGACCGGCUCCAACACCAACAAUUCCGGGGGCGCCGUUUCGGCGUCCAACUCUGGCCUGGGGUCCAGCUCUGGUUCAACGUCCCGCAAUGAACACGUCGUGGUGCUGAAUGACCUGGAUGUCUCAAGACAGGGCACAGGCCAGCUGAAACCCCCCUACACCAUCUUGUACCAAGAUGGCCUCAAGGUGACUGUCCUGGAUGCACCAGGACUCCACAACAAAGAUCCCAUAUCAGACUCCCACAGCAUCAGUUCACCAGCAUUCAACAACAUCCCUGCAUGGCAACAGGAUCAAUAUUUUCCUUUUGGAACAUCCAUAACCAACCCAUUUGGGCAAAGUUUGCCUUACUGGCACCUGCAACAGCAGCAACAACAACGACUGUACAACCCUAAUAACCCGUUAUUGAACCCAGGAUUUGGCAACCUGGCUCAGCAUCAGCAACCCCUGAUGAUGACCUUUCCCAAUGGACUAAUGGGAGGUUUCGGACAACAACAUGGGCCUUUAAUGGUACCUGCAACUGCAAAUAAUUACCCGCUGAAUCCCUACAGUCAGUUUCUCCAAAAUCCGUUUGGGGUCGCUCCUGGUCAAGCCGCAUUGCUGGGAUCCAAUGUUGGUGCUGGCAGCAGUGGAGGUUUUCUUGCUGAUGUUCAAGACCUUGGAGAACAUUUGACGAUCGUUCCUUCUUCAAGUGGAGUCGGUUUGAAAGAAUUACAAACACAAAACAAUUACAAGAAGCAGCCGCAUUUGCGAUUGAACCCGUGGAGUCCUUUG